GUUGCCAACGGACGAACAUCGUAAUCAUGGAAGUGCCAGGAAUCCUUGUCUUCGUUCUUUGUGUCCUCCCAUUGGCAUCCCAGGGAGCUGUCCACGAUGAGUUGGCCCAGUGCGGCCUACACGGUGUCUACAGACAGCGACAGAGUCUGCUGGAAUCGCCCAACUAUCCGGACAACUAUCCGGUGAACACCUGCUGGGAUUAUGUGGUGCGAUCUCCCUACCGCUGCCCCACAAAGUUUCACAUACAAUUCCUGGACUUUAAACUGGAAAACUCGGAGAACUGCAGUCGGGAUUAUUUGGCCAUUGGUCUGAACCAAGAUGGCGAUGACAUGGAUCUUUUGUGCGGACAGGUGCUGGGGAUAAGGAAGUAUCAAACUCCCGAUGGAGUCCUGCGCCUGCGCUUCCUCAGCGAUGAUUCGCCUUGGACGACGAACGGUGGCUUCCGGCUGCUCAUCACGCGUUUGGCCUGCGAAAGGGAGGACUUGGUGGCCAGGGGACUGGACGCCGAUGACGAGGAGGAUGUGGAUGGGGACUCGGUGCAGGUUAGCGCCAAGUCGCCGCCGAAGAAGCUGCUCACCCAGCACCACCAUCACCUGCAACAGCAAUCUGGACAUCAGCAGCAGCAGCAGGAGCCAUCGUUGAACUUUACGCAGCCAAAUCGUGGAGGCUUCAACUGGGGUUUGCAACCUGGUCUUGGUUAUCCUGUUGGAUUUUAUCCUCCGCAAGCAGGCUUACCUCCUCAGCACUCACCGCCUUGUGCUCCCCAGCAACAGCAGCAAUUUUUGCAACAGCAACAGGAACAACAGCGUUUCCUACAACAGCAACAGCAGCAAUUGCAAUUGCAGCAGCAACAACAACUUCAGCAACAGAUCCUGCAGCAACAGCAACUUCAACAACAGGUCCUUCAACAGCAGCAACUGCAACACCCACAGCAACUGCAACUCCCACAGCAACCUCAGCUUCCGCAGCAGCAACAGCAAGAAUUACCUCUGAUUUCUGACCAAUAUCAGACCACAUCCUUUCAACCGCAUGCUGUAACCCUCAAGGAUUACGAUUCGCAGAAUUUGCAGCAGUUUGGAAGUCAAUUGGAUCUCUGCUGUGCCAGCAGCUUCAAUCAGAAUCACUUUUAUCUGUCCAGUCCUGGAUUUCCCAGAACUGUCUUAAAUUAUCUGCUACCAAAUCAGCAAAGAGAUUGUGUGUUCUACAUAGAAAAGAGCUCUCCAAAUGUCUGCCGUUUGAGGAUACAGUUCAAGUUCUUUGAUUUCGGACACAAUUCAGGAAGUUCAGUUGGAGGCAGUUUUGGCGGGGGAUUUGGAGGCGGAGUUUCUGGAGGAUUGGAUGGAGGGUUCAGUGGCGGUUUUGGAGGCCAACAGGCCUGCAAUGGUGACUUCUUAGAACUGGAUGGUAAGCGAUACUGCGGCUGUCGUUCGGGAUAUAUCCACAAAUCGCAUUGGGACCAGGGUCGCAAGGCGCUGCGCAUGCGCAUUGGACAGUCGAGCAGCACCACCUCGAAUGGAUUCCUGUUGGAGAUAUUCCAGGAUCAGGACUCCGAUGGCUGUCGGCAGGAUGCUGCCUCAGGACUUGGAUUGGGAUUGCAGCAACAGCAGCAACAACAGCCACAAAGGGGUUUGGGCUUGUGGCCUCAAGUCGGAUUACAACCUCAAUUGGGAUUGCAACCUCAAUUGGGAUUGCAACCUCAAUUGGGAUUACAGACCCAAUUGGGAUUACCUCCACAAGCACCACAAAUUUGGCCCAUGCAGACAGGAUAUCCUGGCUACGUCAAUAGUUAUCCUUUUCCAUUCACUGCUACCCCUUACCGAUCGGCCAGAAGGAUUUCCUAUGCCCGCGGAAUCGAUGCUCAGCAGCCUUCGAGAGUGGUAGAAACAAACUCUACCCGCAAGGAAUUCUACUACUUUGAUGGCGAUGAGGCCUUUGCACGCUCCGCCUUGGAGGAUGAGGACGAGGACAAGGCUCAUUUGGGGGUCACAACACAACCACAAUCUCAGUCACAAAAGCAACUCAAGCCCGAGUCCCCAGUGGCAACGAAAGCCUUCGAACAGAGCAGUUGCUCCUUUGAUUAUAUGGAGGUCCUUAAACUUUCAGUUGACACACUUUGGUUGACCAAGCCCUUGUGUUUCUCGCCGCUGAGAAGUUGGUUUCCCAACAUUUUUGGCUAACUGACAAAUAAAAACCGAAUUAUUUGAUGUAGCCGAAUAUUGUUUUA